AUGCCAAACGAAGUAAUCAAGACAGAGCAGCUAGACGCAGAGCGUUCGUUGGCCGUCAUCCGUACGGAACUCGAAAAACUGCAUCGUCUUUCGCCACACAACUUGCCUAGGGCGCGGCUGGUGGCCAUUGUCUCCCAUCUGCCAACAGCCCGGGAUAUCCUAGCCCCUGCACCAGCCUCCACAGCCACAACGAAGGCUUUUGCAACACUGGGAUUGCUCAAACGUGUGUUGAUUUCAACGAUUUUUAGGCUUUGGUGGAUCAUUAUCUAUGGAUUGGCAUUGAUUGGAGGGACAACAGUGGGAUUUGGGCUGUUCGUUUACUUGUUGACCAAGUUACCGUGGCAGACUAGCUUUACAGCGGACGGACAAGGGUGGCAAAGACACAGUGAUGGGUAUUACUAUUGGGGGCAGCCGCAGGACAGUUAUACGAGGACGGCAGAAGCAACGGUUAGAACAGAGAUCCCAGAGAUAGAGGCCAGAGAUCUAUAA